AUGAAGUUCACCACUGCCCUCUUCGCCAUUGCUUCGGCCGUCACCUUCGUCUCGGCCAGCCCUGCCCCAGCCGCAGCUCCCGAGCCGGCUGCUCUCAUGUCCGAGGAGUCCAUCUCCAAGGUGCCUCGCAGCGAGCUUCUACCUCGCCAGGCCUGCCGCGGAACAAACUGCAGUGGCUGCGUGAAUAAACGCAAGUGCUGUGACCUCCGAGGCUACCCCUUCUGCUGCAGCUGCUAA